CAACUGGGGCCAAUCACUCUUUCAACAUCUUUGUGAUAAUUCCAAUUUUCGCCUUCUUCUACAAUGGACAUUAACGUGGUCAUCACAAGAUGCGAGGAUUACACUGAAACUCUGGCCCGUAAUACUCGGAAAGUUCUUCCAACAAUUGGACGCCUUUUGUUGAUUUCUACGUUUGUCGAGGAUGGUUUGCGACUCCUCUUCAACACUCACGACCAUGUCAACCAUUUUUCUUACAAUUGGGGGCUCAACUACCACUUCUCACUCUUUCUCACGAUUGUCAUGAUUAUCAAUCUACUAUUCGGAUCACUUUUUGUCAUGAUGAGAUAUAAAGUCACCGAAUCAAGUGCGGUUCUUGGCUUUACCAUCUUCGCACAGGUUAUCCUCUACCAGCUGUACACUACUUAUCACCUUCUCACUCGAAACAUUUCAAUCGUUGCUGCAAUUAUGCUUCUUGUUGCCGAGAACAUGCUUCGAAAGCCGAAACCAGCUAAUUACACUCAAUUGCCAAGAGAUGAGCACGAGAUUGAGGUAACAUCGGUUCUGCUGGCUGCAUGUCGUGUCUGCUUGAACUUGAUGCUUAUUUCAAUGGUUCACUUUGAUAUGAGCUACACUCGUAUUCUUCUCUGUAUUAUUUCAUACGGAAUGAUGAUAUUCGUAUGGUUGGGAUUCAAGACUCGUAUGAUGAGCUUUAUGCUUGCUACCUGGCUCUUUGCUUAUAAUAUUGUACUCAACGACUUUUGGAAUAAGGAUGCUGAACUUCAUAUUAUUCGUUACGACUUCUUCCAAACACUUUCUGCAAUUGGAGGUCUUCUCCUUCUUAUUCAUACGGGCCCUGGCGAGUUUUCAUUCGACGAGCUCAAGAAGAAAUGGUAGAACGAAGAGCCAAAUGAUAUUUCCAGUUUAUAGUCACAUCCAUUCGUUUUUUGUAUGUAGUAGAGAUAGAUAGAUUAUUAAGAACCUUUUUUGAAUAAAUUUAUUAAAAGUUU